AGAAAAAAAAAAUAAAAAAAUCAAUGCAAUGGCACUGCUGCUAACCAUGACCCAGGUCGAGGAGGAUACCAUUACCACCACUACUAAGCAUUCUUCAAAUCUUAUUAUUCUGUAGAAUUACAUCAUCCGAUUUCUGUUGGAAAAAGAAACGUUACUUUUGUCUGAUUAUCCAAAGUUAUUGGUCAUCAGGGACAGCAUUUUCCAUAUCCUGUAUGGUAUACAGUGCUCGUUUAUGGAUGAAGGAUACAUGUGAUAGAAAGAAAAGAUGAAACUUGCUUAUGAGGGGUUGAUGGUACAAUGACUGGUGGGUCAUUGGGAUCAAGACUGUCCGGAAGUUUUGGAUCCUUGCAGCAACAGGCACAGAAUGGAGGAUCACAGCUUCAGAAUCUGUACAUAACUCGCAGGCCAUCAAAGACAUCCCUUACUGGUUAUAGAGAGAAAGAAAAGUUUUUCUCCACCACUUUCAGAUAUUUGAGCAGAAAGAAAGUCGCGAUGCUGGUGCUGGCGGCUUUCGCCAUUGUAGCAUUCAUGACAGGGUUCUUUACAGUCAAUAAAGAGGAUGAUUUCGACAGCUCAGGUUUGCCAUUUGAUGCUAGAUAUUUUAACAAGUCCUUCAUCACCCCUACAUACUUUUCUGGAAAAGAAGCAGUGCCAUCUAACAGUAGUUUGAAGAUUAACAAAGUUUUAGUAUGUAAAGAGAGUACCUAUUGGGGCAUUCUUUUCAAUUCCUCAAUUUUGAGCAACUCUUCGGUGGAUGCUACUGUUUUAACGAAUCCAUGCAAAGAUUUUGCAUUUCCGCCCCCUCCUCCCGGUGAUGCAAGGCGAGUCGGCCCACGCCCAUGCCCAGUAUGCUAUGUACCGGUGGAGCAGGCCAUAGCCCGUAUGCCCAGACUCCCAUCUCCUUCUCCUGUUCUUCAGAAUUUAACUUACUUCUCUGAGGAGAAUCCAUCAAACACCGAAGCAAAUGGAGGCUCUGAUUUUGGUGGCUAUCCUUCGCUGAAGCAGAGGAAUGAUUCUUUUCACAUCCGAGAGUCAAUGACUGUUCACUGUGGCUUUGUCAAAGGUUGCAGACCUGGUCAUCAAACUGGAUUCGACAUUGAUGUGACUGACCUUAAGUUGUUGGAGCAGUUGCAUGAAGUCAUUGUUGCCUCAGCUAUAUUUGGAAAUUACGAUGUAAUUCAGCAGCCAAAGAAUAUUGGUGAAACUGCACGAAGGGAUGUUCCUUUCUUUAUGUUUGUUGAUGAAGUGACUGAAACAUACAUGAAAAACUCUAGCAUCUUGGGGAGUAACAAGAAAGUUGGAUUGUGGAGGAUUAUAGUUGUUCGUAAUGUUCCUUACAUUGAUUCAAGGAGAAAUGGAAAGGUGCCAAAGCUCUUGUUGCAUAGGCUCUUUCCGAAUUCGAGGUACUCUAUCUGGAUUGAUGGAAAGCUUCAGCUUGUUGUGGACCCAUACCAGGUUCUUGAGAGGUUCUUGUGGCGCCAAAAUGCAACUUUUGCUAUUUCAAGGCACUAUCGUCGCUUUGAUGUGUUUAAAGAAGCCGAAGCCAAUAAAGCUGGAGGGAAGUACGAUAAUACUUCUAUCGAUUAUCAGAUUGAAUUUUAUAAAAAGGAAGGUUUAACACCAUACACAACUGCUAAGCUUCCUAUAACUAGUGAUGUUCCUGAAGGAUGUGUAAUUAUAAGAGAACACAUCCCCAUCACAAAUCUCUUCAGUUGUCUGUGGUUUAAUGAAGUUGACCGAUUUACUUCCAGGGAUCAGUUGAGCUUUUCAACUGUGAGGGACAAAAUUGCAGCCAAAGUUAACUGGGGCAUCCAUAUGUUUCUAGAUUGUGAAAGGCGCAAUUUCGUUAUACAGGCUUAUCACAGGGAUUUGUUAGAACAAAGGGCCCACAUGGCUUUUCGGAGAACUCAGAGUCCACCAGUGACCGUAGUUCGUGAGAGUAGUCCUCCCAAAAAGAACAUGGUUCGACGUGGAAAAGAGAGGAGAUCUGCUUCAAGGAGGCGCCGUAAAGUGAAUCCGAAGACCAGAGAAAUAUUCUUUACUUGAUUUUUUUAUUUUUUUUUUACUUUACCUCAGAGUUGUAUAGCCCCCCUUUGCAGACCGAUGUUCGGUGGGGAUAGGAUAAUUUUUUAAAUUUUUCUGUGGCCUUUCUCGUUGAUAGUCUUGACACAAUCCUUUGGGGAGAAAUUCGCAAGAACAUUGUUUAAAUUGAAAAACAUAUGAAUUCAUGAUGUUGUAAGUACUGUUGCUGCUAAUAAUUCAGUUUAAUGGUUUUCUAACUUAUUCCUAAGUUCAUUGACUCAUGCCUCGUUAGGAACAGGGCUUACAUAUUGUAAAAACGGACUCAUAGGACUGUAC